GUCCCGUACUACCACAGUCACGUCGCUUGUUUUUUUGCUACAGUACGAAUGACGACCACUCAACCUGUUUACCAUCACCCGUCGGCACAGGUCGCUCAUGUUCAAGUGGUUUCGCUUUCCAACACCCAAGCCGUUGGUGCAAACGAUGGCCUUCACGUUGCCAUUGGACAAGGAGGCUAUUAUCACGUCUACGGACAAAACUCAUCCCAAGGCAAUUCACGAGUUGUUCUUCUUAUAAUGUUUGGAGUCUUUUGUGUGUUUUCUGGUACUUCAAUGACAGCUGUUGGGUUCUCAAGUGGAGCCACUGCCAUAGGAGUGAUUGGCGUUCUUUUUCUGAUAGCUGGAAUCGUGAUGAUUCCAUGUGGGUUUUACUACUGUAGUGUGGUUAGACAGAGAAUGUUUGCAGAACGUCAACGUGUUGCCCAGAAUGUCAAUGCCCCUUUGCCAAGCAGUGGGCAGGGGCAGGUUCCUGUGCCUGUCAGUGCACCAAGAGUUGAACUUGCUGCAUCUGCAUAUUCUUCGCCCUAUGGUCAAACUAGUGGAUAUCCUACUGGACUAAUGGUUUCAUCUGCUCCAGUAUUGGAACCAACAGUUCCUGCUACAGAAUGGAAGGGUGUGACUAUUGGUGAUGAUAAUACUGCAUCUGCACCACCACCACCCUCAUAUGAAAUGGCGACCCAAGAUGUAUAUUAGAAAGGCAGUGUUUGGAAUUUAGCUUAGCUUACAAUAACUAGAGCAAAACUGGAUGAAUUACAGUAACAGGUUUUACAGUUCUUCAUUAACGAUCAGUUGUAAGGGUAUAGAUAGCUAUAGCUGCUAGUUUACAUCUACAAUCUAAUAGUUUUGAAAUACAUCUAGUACACAGCAAAAUUAACUGCCACUAGCAGUGCAGCUGUGCUAGGAUGGA